GGAAAUAUUAAGUUGUACAUAACAUAAGAAAAGGGAACGAAAGGUUGGGAUAGGAUUAGGUGCGUCAAGAUUUGAAGAAAAACAAGAAUGGCUUUCUUCACCCUAAACCCUAUUCUCACUCCUCUCUCUUCUUCGCUUAAACCUAAUCCUCCUUCUUCUUCUUCUUGUAACUAUCGAUUACCGUCUAUCAUCUCUAUCUCUUCCCGUUCGCGUUUUUCGAGGCAUGUUGUUCGUAUGGCUCCUGAAGAAGAGAAGUUAGUCCGUCGUUCGCCUCUCGAUUUCCCAAUCGAGUGGGAGAGGCCUAAGCCAGGACGAAGAUCAGAUAUAUUCCCUCAGUUUAGUCCGAUGAAGACACCUUUGCCACCUCCAAUGCCUGCAGAUCCUCCGGAAGAGGAUGAAGAAAAUGAAGAGGAAGAGGAAGAUCCUGAAAAGGAGGAGCCAGAGCAGCAAUAGUGUAGUAAAUGACUUGUCUUGAAUUUUGCAGUUAUCUUGAUAUGUCAACUAGGGUAGUGCUGCUUGCUGAACUUAAUGUAAUAGUAGGCCAUUAUAUGAAUAACAAAUGAUGUUUGAGCUUUCUUCGA